UUGUGUCGUGUUCCUCUGCCCUGUUUCCAAAUUCCCUCUAUAAAACUCCAAAACUUUCACAUUUUCCUUCCAAGGUGGGAUUAAUGGCGGUGGCUUCCAGAGGGAAACUCAGCGACCUUCAAAUCCCCAAGUUAUGGAAGGACAGAGACGCCACCAGUCCCGACCGGACCAUCGUCUGGACCGAACCCAAGCUUCGCACCUCCGACAGGAAGCUUCCCGUCGUUUACUAUCUCUCCAGAAAUGGCCACCUCGAGCACCCUCAUUUCAUGGAGGUCCCUCUUUCCUCUUCCGAAGGCCUCUAUCUCAGAGAUGUAAUCAACCGCCUGAAUCUGCUUCGAGGGAAGGGUAUGACGAGCAUGUACUCGUGGUCUUCGAAAAGGAGCUAUAAGAAUGGGUUCGUGUGGCACGACUUGUCUGAGAACGAUUUCAUUUACCCGUUGCAUGGUAAAGAGUAUGUGCUGAAAGGCUCGGAGAUUCUUCAUUCUUCUUCGGGCAGCCAGGUCCAAGGCUCGGAAUCUUCUAGAUCUCUACGGCCGCCGGAGGAAUCCGAUUUCCCGAUCCUCUCUCGCCGCCGCAACCAGUCCUGGAGCUCCGUCGACUUCCACGAGUACAAAGUCUACAAGACCGAUUCGAGCUCCGACUCGUCCGCAAAAGCCGCCGCCGCCGAUGCUUCGACUCAGACCGACGAGAAGCGGCGGAGGCGGCGGGCGGCGAGGGAAGAAGAGAAGGAAGAGAAGGAAACAGAGGAAUUGAUGAACCCUACGCCAAGUACGGAGCUCAGCCGGGAAGAAAUAUCUCCUCCGCCGUCAGAUUCGAGCCCGGAGACGCUGGAAUCUCUGAUGAAAGCCGACGGCCGUUUGAUCAUUUCCGAGAGCGCAAACGGAGACCAGCCGAAUCGGACGGCGGAGAGCUUCCCGAGCGGGAGGAUGAAGGCGUCCGCAGUUCUGAUGCAGUUGAUCUCGUGCGGAUCGAUCUCGUUUAAGGACUGUGGAGCAACAUCAAUGGAGGAUCAAGAAUUUUCUCUGGUGGGUAAAUCCAGAGCGGCCCGCGGAAAAGAAACAGCAGGGACAUCGGCGGAAAUAGUGGGUUUCUCAGGGGUAAGAUUGGAAGAUAAAGAAUACUUCAGCGGGAGCCUGAUCGAGACCCAGAAAGCGAAGGAGGCUCCUGCGGCUCUGAAGAGGUCAUCUUCUUACAAUGCCGACAGGGCCUCACAGCUGCAACUGUCGGAGAAAGAGAUAGACGGAGAUGCAGCCCGCUCGAAAUGCAUACCAAGAAAGCACAAGGCAUCGUCCCAUCCGACUGCGAUGAAGGAGACUAAUAUCCUUGACGAUGGUCCUUCUAUCAACUUAGUCAGCAACAUCCAACAUGGAAGCAAAAGAGUGGAGCAACAAUGAGAGAGAGAGAGAGAUUAUUAGGAUAUCCAUCAGUCAACUAAGAAAUCCGACACAGAGCUCUCUAAUCUUAAACUCAUCAAUCAAUCAAACAAGAGAAAAGAAAGAAACAUGUUUGAGAUUUGAAUAGGAAUKGUGUUGGUGUGGAGGGAAGUCCAGAUGGUGGGUACUUGUGAUGGAAUUUUAGGCAUUAAUCUCGAAUUUGACAAUUGA